GGAAUGUGAGUUAGACCCUCCUCAGGUCUUCACGUCAGCAGGGGGAUGGAAGUUGAAGCCCGGCUCUCCUCUAAAGCCCUCCACCCGCACUCAAACGCUCACCUCCAUCCACUCGGAGACCGUGUGACCAGCCGGACGAAGAUGUUGCUUAGCUUCUGCCUCCUCGCUCUCCUCGCGGUCUCCAGCUGUCAGGCUGAGGAGGUGACGAGUAAGAGUAAAGUUUGUGCAAAUGUGUUCUGUGGAGCAGGACGAGAGUGUGCAGUGACAGAGAAAGGACAACCCACUUGCAUGUGUAUUGAGCAAUGUAAGCCCCAUAAGCGUACAGUGUGCGGCAGUAAUGGGAAGACCUACCGCAACCACUGUGAGCUUCACCGUGAUGCCUGUCUGACUGGACUCAAGAUACAGGUGGCCCAUGAUGGACACUGCGAAGAGAAAAGAACAGACAAGGUCGCUGCAAGCCCGAUCGUGUGUUACCUGGCGGAUCGUAAUGAGUUGAGGAGCCGUGUGAUAGAGUGGCUGCAGACCGAGGUGAUUCCUGAUGGCUGGUUCACAAAAGGCUCCAACUUCUCAGACAUCCUGCUCAAGUACUUCCAGAACUAUGAUAAUGGAGAUGCAAAACUGGACUCCACAGAGUUCCUCAAGUUCAUCCAGCACAACGAGACAGCUAUCAAUAUUACCUCGUACGCAGAUGAGGAAAACAAUCGCCUGCUGAGGAGCUUGUGUGUGGACGCCCUGAUUGAGCUCUCAGAUGAGAAUGCUGAUUGGAAACUGAGUUUUGAUGAGUUUCUCAACUGCCUCAAGCCUAGUUUCAACCCUCCAGAGAAGAAGUGUGCUCUGGAGGAUGAGACGUACGAGGAUGGAGCUGAGACGCAGGUGGAUUGCAACCGCUGUGUGUGUGCCUGUGGGAACUGGGUCUGCACUGCUGUGACCUGUGACGGUUCAGAAAAGUUGCCUGCUGUGGAAGAAAUUGAGGAAGCAGAUCAGGAGAUGACGGAGGAAGAGUGGACUCGCAGAGUGGAUGAGCUCAACAAACAUCAGGAAACUGUGGAGAAGAUGAAAGUGAGCACUAAGGAGGUUUAAGAAAAGAGAGAUGAUCCAAAAAACAGAAGAAUGACUGCAGCAAGUCCUCAACUCCUUUUCAGUCUGCUGUAGACUGGAUCUGUACUGUCCACUAGCAAAAAAGUGGUCUUUCUAUAUAUUGUUUUAUAUCAUUGUUUUAAUUAUUCUUAUUUUCAUUUAGUACUGUUUUGAUAUUUUGAAUGUGGAUACUGUGUAAUAGGCCUACUGUCUGUUUACUCAGACUGCUUUUGAAAAAGUUUUACUUUUUAAAUUGUGUUGGAUGUUUCCAUCAUGAGGCUUAGCAUUAACAGGAAAUUUUGGUGAAUGCGUGGUUGAACUUGAACUAAUGGCUAUCAGCCAAAGCACAGUGCUGAUGUAGGAUCCAUAUGCACUGACAAAGCACGAAUGAAACUGUUACACCAAGGUAAUUAAGCUUCUUAUCAGAUGACAAGUUACUGUGUAUUUUUUCUUUUUACACCUGACAUCAAUAUACAACCAAUCAGUCAUGCCACAGGCUUAACCUCAUAGAAGGGUGAAAUAUCUGUCUUAACACACCAAUUCAUCUAUCAAGUCAUAUACCUUAUUGGAGAAUAUUGUGGAUCAUUUGCUCACUUGCAGUCAAACUCAGUGAUAUCUUGUUGGUUUCAACAUGUAUAAACUACAAGAUCUACUGCUGAAGAUUUAGUAAUAUUCUUGCAGGUUGAUAAGCAUGAGUUUUGGUACUGUUUAUGCGGAUUAUUUAGUAAUUAAUGGAUAUUAUUCCAGACUAGCUAUUGAACUACAAUGAUUAAUCAGUAGUUCUGGCUUCUGGGCAGGCCUUACCCACAAAAAAAUCAUGUUAAGUGCCAGUAAUUCUCUAUGUAUACAACACACUACAAUACAGUAUGCUCCACUCUUCUGAACCUGAAUAUAUUUCCCUCAUAUUCUCAUUUUUUAAGACAUUCUGGUGAACUGCCUGCAUUUACUCAUUAAUUUUAACAGCCUAUUGUUGUCUUAGAGCACACCUGGCAUACUCGUGCCAAUAAAAUGAGUACUGUAUCAAAAACA